AUGUCGGCCGAAAUCGCGCCCGAGGCUGCGACGACGCCCGUCAAAGAACGCCAUUCUUUGACCCUCGACCAGCGACGCGCCCUACGUCGCUGGGCCAGCUCCCAGCCGGUGCGCCCGAGCCACAAGGCCUGCAUCGACUGGUUCCAGAACCAAUACAACCAGACUAUUUCGCAAUCGACAGUCUCGCACUCCCUCUCGCCCAAAUACGCCCGCCUCGAUGGCGACUCCCAGCUGUCCGGGUCGCGCCUGCGAUUCGGCAACUGGCCCGAUGUUGAGAAACUCGUUCUGCUCUGGCACCAGCAGGUCGUCAACAGCGGCCGCCACCCGUCCAACGAGGAACUCGCCGAAAAGGCCAAGAGCAUCUUCUCCCAGCUCCCGCGCUACAAGGACGAGACUCCACCCGAGUUUUCUCCCGGAUGGAUCCACCGCUUCAAGAAGCGCUACGGCCUGCUCAUCCGCCGCCAGCGCCGCCACGGCACCGGCCCCAACCCGGCCGACGACAUCGAGUACCUCGCCGAUGCCGUGCCGCGCUUCAUGACCAUCACCGCCGACGCCUCGCCAUCCUCCAUCCGUGACACGGUCCAGCGCGUCGUCGGAGUCGAGGCCAGCCUGGCCACCUGCGCCCGCGUGCGCGACGAGAUCCUCCGCCGCCUCGACAACCCCCAGCCGUCGCCCGGCCAGGCAAUUAGCGGCCACCACGGCGACGCCUCCAUGUACCCCGACGAGGACCCGGAGGUCGUCCUGCAAAACGCCCUGCGCGCGCUGCAGCAGGAAGAAGCCGACGCCGAGGCCCAGGCCGCCGCGGCGCGCGAGGAGCGUGAGCGUGCCGAGCGUGGCCUGCCCCCGCUGGGCGGCAUGCCCGGGCAGGCGGCCUACGUGCAGCACGCAGCGGCAGCCGUCAACGCCAUGUCGACGCCCGCGCGGGCCACGCCCAGCGGUUCCGCCUCGGGGCCGCGCUUCAUCGCCCCAACGCCCCAGCCCGGCUCCGCCGGCAGCGGCCCUGGCGGCGAGGACCUCACCCUCACCCCGAUCCCCAGCGGUGGCCCCGUGUCGGUCACGGACCGCCCGCUGCGCUGUCCCUUUUGCGUCAACCAGCGCAUGCUGCGGACCAUCAAGGAGGCCGUGGAGCACAUGUCGACUCACGUGGUAGUGUAA